UUAUUUUUCACUGGGCUGAGACCUACCACAUUAGCUAGAAGCACAGCGACAUCACAGGUCGGACCUGGCGACAUACUAUUGCCGCGACUCCCGCGUCGAGUGCAGGUCCCAAGUUCGAGUGACAAAGCAAUUCGUACCUUCAUCAUUGUACAGCGUCUGUGGAGUCGUGUAGAACAUCGAGUUUCAGUUGAGCAUUUUUCAGUCAACAGUUUGAGUCACGGAGCUUCGCUGCUACCAUCAUCCACGCAGUACGUAAGCCAUGGAAGCGACCCUCUUGAAGUGUUGCAGACCAUUGAUCCCUGUCCUUGACUCGCAGAAGCUGAUUCCCUUGCGCAGAAUCAAACUCUUCUCCGCCGCGGGCAGAGGCAGGUUUGUGCCUUUUCUCACCCGAACAAGGUUUAUGGUCAGGUGUUUCAGCUCCUCAUCAGGGCAUACGUUUAGUAUAGAUAACAGCAAUACAUGCGGAGGUAAGAAUGGAGAUCAGCUGAUGAGCCACCAGUUAUGGCUUUACAAUACAAUGACCAAAGAGAAGGAGAUGUUCAAACCCAAAGUACCUGGAAAUGUCGGAAUGUAUGUUUGCGGUGUAACAGCUUAUGAUCUUAGCCACAUUGGCCAUGCUCGUGUUUAUGUCUGCUUCGACGUUCUCUACAGGUACCUUAAACAUUUGGGAUACAAAGUCAAUUAUGUACGCAAUUUCACUGAUGUUGAUGACAAGAUUAUAGCAAGAGCAAAUGAAUUGGGUGAGGAUCCUCUCAGUUUAAGCAGGCGGUAUUGUGAAGAGUUUCUUCUUGACAUGUCGUAUCUUCAUUGUCUUCCUCCUUCGGUGGAGCCACGAGUCUCUGAUCAUAUGCCCCAAAUAGUUGAUAUGAUACAACAGAUUCUUGAUAAUGGGUGUGCUUACAUAAUCGAUGGUGAUGUCUACUUUUCUAUAGACAAAUUUCCAGAAUAUGGACAAUUAUCUGGACGAAAGUUGCAAGAUAAUAGAGCAGGUGAGCGAGUUGCAGUGGAUACAAGGAAGAAAAACCCUGCAGAUUUUGCUUUGUGGAAAUCUGCAAAGGAGAGAGAGCCUUUUUGGGAGAGUCCGUGGGGUCCAGGAAGACCUGGAUGGCAUAUUGAGUGCAGUGCGAUGAGUGCUACAUAUUUAGGGCACUCUUUUGACAUACAUGGUGGCGGGAUUGAUCUUAUAUUUCCUCACCAUGAAAACGAAAUUGCCCAGAGUUGUGUGGCAUGCAGCAAAAGUAAUAUAAGUUAUUGGAUGCACAAUGGAUUUGUCAAUAUUGACUCAGAGAAAAUGUCAAAAUCACUUGGAAACUUUUUCACAAUUCGGCAGGUUAUUGAUAUCUAUCAUCCAUUGGCUUUAAGACUUUUCUUAAUCGGGACACAUUAUAGAUCACCUAUUAAUUACACAGUUGCACAGCUUGAGAGUGCAUCUGAUCGCGUUUUCUACAUAUAUCAGACAUUGUAUGAUUGUAAAGCUGUUCUCGCUCAGCAUGGAGGAUGUUGGAUGGAUUCUGUUCCUUUAGGAACUGCUGAGUGCAUAGAGAAGUUUCAUAAUGAACUUCUGACUUCGCUAUCUGAUGAUCUGCAUACUCCUGUUGCUCUGGCUGCAAUGUCAGAUCCAUUGAAGAUGAUGAAUGAUCUAUUGCAUACUCACAAGGGUAAGAAGCAAGAAAUGCGAAUAGAGUCACUUGUUGCUUUAGAGAAGACAAUAAGGAAUGCUCUAUCCAUUUUGGGGCUCGUGCCAAGUGAUUACUGUGAGGUUCUACAGCAGCUAAGAGAGAAAGCCCUAACGCGUGCGAAUUUGAGGGAAGACCAAGUUUUUCAUAAAAUAGAAGAAAGGAUGUUGGCGAGAAAGAAUAAAGAGUAUGAAAGAUCUGAUUCAAUUCGAAAAGAAUUGGCAGCUUUAGGGAUUGCUUUGAUGGAUAGCCCAGAUGGCACAACUUGGAGACCAGCUAUCCCUCUAUCCUUUCAAGAUUGUGCAUAGUUUUUUCUUUACUUUCGGAACCUAUGGUCUAUGAAUAAGUUUAUGUGUUGAAGAACCAUUAUAACAACUGAGCCUGAAUUACAAAUCACUUGUGUUGUGCUCUGUUGCCCCGGGUGGUAACCUUUGGAGUUAAAACGAGGGUUUUUUACAAAAAUAUUACUAAAAUAAAACUUAUUUACAAAAAUAUGACUAUUAGUU